CGCGCCGGGCACCAUGGCCGCUGCGGCCGGGGACGGCGCGGCCAAGCCGCUGCAGAGUGCUAUGAAGCUAGCCAACGGCGCUAUCGAGCUGGACACCGGCAACAGGCCCCGGGAGGCAUACAUGGAAUACCUGAGGAGUAUCCACUACAUCUCCCAGGUGUUACUGGAAGAAGUGGAAAACACUAAAGAAGCUGGGGAAACUGUGCCCCCUGAUACCUCAAAGAUGCUGAAGCUAGCUGAGCAGUGUCUGGAACGGGCCCAGUCAACAGCUACAAAACUUGGGAAAACAUGUGUAAAGCCAGCUGUACCUGUGGCCUCUCCUGUCCCCUUGCCUACCACCCGACACCGCCGAGUGUGUUCAGAUGAAGGAGGGAAGCUCGCUCCUUUCCUGCCUCCUGAGAUCUUCCAGAAGCUGCAGGUGGCAGAAUCACAAAGCUCCAAGAAGGAGCUAACGCCAUUGGAGGAGGCCUCCCUGCAGAACCAGAAGCUGAGGGCCACAUAUGAGGCCCGGAUGGCCCGUCUGGAUCCUAGCCAGGCCAUGCAGAAGACAUCACUGACCCUGUCUCUGCAACGACAGAUGAUGGAGAAUCUGGUGAUUGCCAAAGCCAGAGAGGAGACACUCCAGAGGAAGAUGGAAGAGCGCCGCCUGCGGCUCCAGGAGGCUGCCAACAGGUGUGCCUCCUGUCUGUUUCAUAGGCAUGCUGGGAGGCUGGGCAGCGGCUCCCGAGUCCACAGGUCCAGCCUUGUGCCCAGCUUGUCUUCCUCCCCAGGAGGUUCUGCAGUCAGGUUGCCCUUACCCCAGAGGAGCAGGAACAGCGAUCUCUCUAUGCUGCCAUCCUGGAAUAUGAACAAGACCAUCCUUCCUGACCACCCAAUUUCGAAGCUCCUGAAGAAGCUCCAGUGUGCAGUAUACAGUGCAUUGUACCCAGUUGUGAGCCAGACUGCUGUCAGUGCUGCACCUGCCCUGGGCUGCUGCUCACUGCCCCCAGAUGCCAAUGGGCUACUGGCUCCCGGGAGCCGGCGACUUCGGUCUUCCCAGAGCCUCUACUGCAUGCUUUCCCCCUCAGAGCCCAGUGCAGCCCCAAGGCCCCUGGAUGGACCUCAUGCCACCCCCCUUACCCCUCCACUUUACCCUGGCCCCCUGGACAGAGGAGCAGACAGCAGCCCAGCAGGGCCUUCAUCACCCCUGGUAGAGGUUUCAUCCUGCCUGCCAGAUAAGGACAGCUCCUUUGAGGACCUGGAACAGUUUUUGGCUAUAUCUGAGAAGUGGGGCCAGGGCACUGGGUCACAAUCUGAGUCACAGACCACAGGAGCAAAGAGAGAACCCUUACUGGAAUGUCUGAAGAGUACAGUGAAGGAUAUACACAAUGCCAUUGAUAGGCUGCUCUCACUGACUCUUCUGGCCUUUGAAAGCCUGAAUACAGCCACCUCCAAGGACCGCUGCCUGGCAUGUAUUGAAGAGCCCUUCUUCUCCCCACUGUGGCCCCUGCUGCUGGCCCUCUACAGGAGUGUGCACCGAAGCCGGGAGGCUGCUGUGAGCAGGAGUAUGGAGCUGUACAGGAAUGCGCCACCCACAGCCCUUGGCAUCCCCACCAAGCUCCUCCCCCGUGUCCCUGAGGCUCAAGGAGCCUCCACCUACCCAUACAGCACUGCGGCCCAGGAGCUGGGGCUGCUGAUCCUGGAGAGCUGUCCCCAGAAGAAGCUGGAGUGCAUUGUGCGGACUCUGCGGGUCAUCUGCAUCUGUGCAGAAGACUAUUGCCGUGCCCAAGAAGCCAGGCCCAAAGCUGGACCCCAGCCUCAUGCUGCUGCCAUCAGUGGUGCUGAUGACCUGCUACCCAUCCUGUCCUUUGUGGUGCUGAGGAGUGGCCUCCCCCAGCUGGUAUCAGAGUGUGCAGCGCUAGAGGAAUUCACUCACGAAGGGUACCUGAUUGGAGAAGAAGGAUACUGCCUGACAUCACUGCAGAGUGCCCUGAGCUAUGUGGAGCUGCUGUCUCGAGGGGGCCUUGGCAAGUAGUGGAGGCUGGACCUCAGGGACCAAAGGAGCCACAGGAACUUUAUAUGCCCUGCACAUCCAGUCAUGGGACACUAGAGGCCAGCCUGAUGUGGCGGCACUCUUCAGCUCUUGUCCUUCUUUCUAGCUCCACAUCUCCCCUGGAAACCUAGGGUAGUGCCUCUUCUCUAGCACAGAGCUGAGUCAACUCCAUGUGUCAAGCCUGUUCUAUCCUGGCCCUGCCUCUCAGGUCCCAUAGAUGAUACCUGUAGCUGCCACUCCUUAGGGGCUCUGCAUCCCUGAUGGUCCUCCAGUAAACAUGGCUGGCCCUGGCCUGCUCUCAUGGACACUGGGCAGCCCCUAUUAGGAUAGCAACACAGAAAUGGGCAUUAGGAGCCUAUCCAAGGCUAACACAGCUGUCUGGUUUUGCACCUCUCCAAUCCUUUGGGACAGCUAAAAUUUGAGCCAGUUUCUUGUUAGAGCCAAGAACAAGAGAGCCUUCUUAACCUAGAAGACCGGGUGUAGGGAGUAUAAAGCUAGGUUGUUUAUUUAUUGGGCAGCAACUGAGCAACUGCCCCACUCACUUUUGUUGGCCCAGAUAUCUCUGCCCAUGCCUGGGAUAUGAGCAUUGCUCCUACCCAAAUCCAGGACAUUCCUACUCCAGACUUACCUUGGUGAGGGGCAAUAAACAUGCAGGACCCUGGCCAACUCCCACAGCUAUACAGCCUCUCCUGUAUCAGUGAGAACCCAAGGGUCAACACCUUGACUGUUACAUGCCCCAAGUGGCCACCAACUCAGCCUAAAAUAAAGAGGUCACUCUGA